UUUUAAUCAUAUCUAUAAUUUAAUUAAAAAUCAUGAGUCUAAAAAAAGCAGUAUUUUCUUCAUCAAAACUUUUAAAUGGUUUGAAUUCUAAAGUAUGUGUAAUUGUAGGUUCUUAAUGGGGUGAUGAAGGUAAAGGAAAAUUAGUCGAUAUUUUAGCCGGAAAAUACGAUGUAUGUGCCAGAUACAAUGGAGGAGCAAAUGCUGGUCAUACAAUUAUAGUAAAUGGUGUAAAAUAUCCUUUCCAUUUACUCCCAUGUGGAAUAUUAUAUCCUUAGACUUUAAAUUUAUUAGGAAAUGGUACAGUAAUUCAUUUACAAACAAUGUUCGAUGAAUUAAAAUAACUCGAUAGAGAUAAGAUAUGUUAUAAAGGAAGAUUAAUGCUAUCAGACAGAGCUCAUUUAGUAACUUCUUUAUCUAUAGCUGCAGAUUCUAAAAACGAGGAAUAAUCAAAAAAUUAAUUUUUGGGAACUACCAAAAGAGGAAUAGGUCCCACAUAUGCCAGUAAAAUGAACAGAUAUGGAUUAAGAAUUGGUGAUUUGAAAAAUUGGGAUACCUUUUAAUAAAAAUAUAACUAUUUAUAGUAAAAAUUUAAAGAUUUCGAUAUAUAACCAUAACAGGAUGAAUUAAAAGAAUUCAAAUAAUUAAGAGAUAGACUUCUUUCUGAAAACAUGAUAGUAGAUUCAGUUUAUUUAUUAAAUAAAUAAAUGAAAGAAGGAAAAAAAAUACUUGUUGAAGGGGCUAAUGCUUGUUUAUUAGAUAUUGAUUUUGGUACAUAUCCUUAUGUAACUUCUUCUUCAACUUCUGUUGGUGGAGUUUGCACAGGAUUAGGUAUUCCGCCUUAAAAUAUAUAAACAGUUGUAGGAAUAGUAAAAGCAUAUACAACUAGGGUAGGAGAAGGUCCAUUCCCUACUGAAUUAUAAGAUGAAAAUGGUGAACAUUUUAGAAAAGUAGGAAGAGAAUUCGGAACUACUACUGGAAGACCAAGAAGAUGUGGAUGGUUAGAUAUUCCUUUGUUAAGAUAUUCGAAUAUGAUAAAUAAAUUUUCAUCUAUUAAUAUUACUAAGUUAGAUGUAUUGGAUUAAAUGGAUUAAAUAAAAAUUGCAACUAAGUAUUUGAUAGAUGGAAAAGAAAUCGGAUAUAUGCCUUCAACUAUUGAUGAACUAUCUUAAGUUUAAGUUGAAUAUAUUAAACUUAAAGGAUGGAAAAAAGAUAUUUCAAAAAUUACUACAUAUAGAUCUUUACCUAAAGAAGCUAAAGAAUAUAUUAAAACUAUUGAAAAAUUACUUAAAGUUCCAGUAAGUUGGAUUGGAACUGGACCUGAAAGGGAAUCAAUGAUAUAAAAAAAAAUAUGAGGAAGAAUAUAUUAAAAUAUAUUAAAAUUAAAGAAACAUAUUUUUAUAUUAUUUUUAUUUAUUAUUAUUUUUUUGAAAUAUAUAAAAAUAAUUUUUUAAUUAUU